UCGCGCCGACAUACAUCGCACGUUCGCGAUCGCGGGCUAUGCCACGAUUAUUCUAGUCGUUACGAUUUUAUUAAUUAAUUCAAAUCAUUAAUUGUUGUUCUGUAAAAAAAAAAAAAAUAUGUUUUAAUAUUCAACGUUAUGUGGAUGAUUUAUAUUAAAGUGAAUUGAUUGACAUUUUAAUUAUUACGGAUACCUGAAGAAAUUAGUCGAGCAUUGCUGACAGUUACUGGAUGAAAAUUUGUGCACUUUUGUAUUUUACAAAUUAUUCAAAAAUGCUAAAGUGGGCAGUGUCUAGAUCAUUAUCAACUGCAAGUUCGACGCCUCAUGGUCCACCUACAAUGGAUAGAACUAGUCGGCGGCCUUUCCGUGACCUUUCCAACACACCACCUGCUGAUGGCUUGAAAUCAAGAAUGACAUCACAAUCUGUAGCUGAAGGAGAUCAGAACACAAUGUCACGACCCACCCCAGGGCGUCGAAGACGCUGCAGGAGUCAUGGAAGUGACCUUCGUACUUAUUUUCAAGCUACGAAACCAAGUUUGAGACGUCACAAGCGCCAAUCUAUCGCCAACGACUCUCUAGAUUCUCCAAAGACAGAAAGCUCUUACCAAAGUACACCCCGAGUAGACACUGACAUCGGUCCUUUAACCUACAUUCCUGAAUGCAUUACUAAUGUUAGAUAUUCUACAGCGUUAACGCUGCCAACAGACCCAACAUCAUUACCUCGCACCUACCCAAAGGUGUUUCAGCAUGUCAACAACACUGAACUACCUCAGAACGUGAUGAAUGAAGCUCGAGUAAACUUCCAGUCUCAUAUAUCAGACUUUUUCCAACAAAUAUCUGUUGCUGGUAGUCCGGAAGAUGUGAUGGAAGCUGGUUCAGUGUCUCUAAGAAAACCAAAUUUAUUUCACAAAUAUCAACAAGAUGCAGUUCAAUUAGCUUCUAAUGAAUUAAAAAUACCUUCUUAUUCAAAAUUUACUCGGACUCAUAAAUUAAGUACGAGAUCCAAGACUCCUUAUCAUACAAAAGCUCCAAAGAGUCCAAGUACAAUUAAAGAAACUCCACUUGUUGGAAGCUUAGCUGAGUUGAGAAUUGAUCAAGACAUUCCCAAGUUUGAAAAUAUGGACAAUACAGUAACAGAAGUGCUUUCUAGGCAGCAAAAACAAAACGUAGGAAGUAAGACAGUGGCUGAAAUUUUAAUGUUGGAUGUCGAUGAAAGAAAGAAGGUUUUAGAAAUGAAAGAUGAAGAGAAAAAUGUGUCAGAAGAUGAAGAAAACAAUGAACAAAUAGAUGAUGAAAAUAAAGCACCACAUAAUGAUAGUACUGUUUCUUCAGCUAGUCAACUUCUUGAAGAUCCUUCACCUAUUUCUUGGGCUUUCAGGUCCUUUUCUAAUGACUCUGAUAGCGAAUUUCCUUUACGCCGGCAGCGAGGAAUCAGAAGAAAACGCCAACAAAGGGAUCAAGGAUCCAAUAAAGAGUCAGCCAGCAAGAGAGUUAAAAUGGGAUCACAAAGUGUUAGUCCAGCAACAAAGAAAAAAAUUCUAGAAGAGGUUCAAGAACCUCUGGCCGAGGCUGUGAAUGUUUAUGUCAAAAAGCCACCACUUGAGACUGACUUGGAUUCUCCGUUAGAUAAAAGAAAUAGCAAGGUAUUGAGUCAAAGUCAAAAAGAUGAAGAAAUAAAUAAAAUUCAUCCAUGGGAUUCAGAAAGUCCUAAAUCAUCAUGGAUGGAUGAUGUUUUAAGCUCUAAGAGUUCAUUACUACAUUCUGCUACGGUAACUCCUGAAGCACCUCUCAUUGCUACUGUAAGACGAUGCCUUAAAUAUAGUCCUGACAUCGAGAUACCAAGGACACAGACUCGAGGGUCUAUUGAAAUUGAAUGCAAUGUUAUCGGAGAUUACAUCCACGUACGAGUGAUUCGUUGCAAGGAUCUUAGAAGAACAUACAAGGGUCCAAUUCACGCCUACGUGAAGGUAAGCCUAAAAAAUUCGUGUGGUGAAGGUGUAGUGAAAAGAACUGCAGUUCAUCGUGCAACUCCAAAUCCAGUAUUCCACGAGACACUUAUUUUGCCAAGUCCAAGUAAUUAUAGUUGCAUCAAUAAGUCUACAUCACUAGAUAUUGCUGUUUGGCAUCGUGAUCGUAGAGCAAGACGUAGUGAACUCCUGGGCUGCAUGACUCUACCUUUACCCCUGGCACAGGAUAAGGAAGCGACAUGGCACCCUCUGGAAGUAAGAACCGGCCGAAAUACAAGUACACCUUAUGCAAAAUUACCCCAAGAAUGUGCAGUGUCUUCACCGCUAUCAAAAGACGGAGAUCAAGUAGAUAAUAAUUCUUCCAAUGCUGAUGAUCUUACUUAUCUGAGACACCUUGAGUUAGAACCUCUAGAUCCACUCACUGGUUUACCACUUAACCCUGGAUUCACCGCAAGAGGCGGAAGAACACCGUGCACAAUCACAAGGCGAUUGAUUAGACAAAAUGUAGCUAAUCAGGUCCCAUGGGGUUUCUCAUUAUCGUGGGGACGACCACCACGGGUAGAACGUGUAGACCCUAAUAGCCCAGCAGAGCGAGCGGGUUUAAGGCCAGGAGAUCAUGUUGUAUUUGUGGACACGACAAAUGUUGUCACGCGAGCUCGCGAGGAUAUACUUAACCUGAUUCAAGCUGCCACUAAUCAGUUGAUUCUUGAAGUUUACCGCAAAUCAGGACCUCAUGUCAGUAGCACGCAACGACCAAGCCUGGUGAAUGUAACGCUGCAGCCUGUGCCUCCUGAUCAUUCCCAUGGUCAACAAGCGAUCGCCUUCACCGCUGAGAUUUUUCCAAAUCUUGCACCGGAUGCACCCCCUGAGGAGGAGCUGAGCAUCAGAGAGACUCGUUACUGGAGUGUAUUGAAAGGUGGAAUAAGCCGUUUUUAUACACCAUUAGCAGAACGACGUGACAUAUUGUCAGCAACAGAUCAUACUAUUCUAUUCCAAAACCUAGAAGAAUUAUUGAAACUAUCAGAAGAGAUUCGAGAUGAAGGUGGUGGUAUUGACAGUUAUUUAGUCCGAAUACCUAGAAUAACAGCAAGCUAUCGGAGGUAUUUGAGUGGUCUCCAAAGAGCUUGCUGUCUUCUAGUGGCAUUGCGAAGAAAUUCAGCUUUUGCAAAAUUGGUUUGUGAACCUGCUGUGCCUCAUAAACGUCGUCCUGAUUUGACAGGAGUAUUAUUGCUUCCUUUAGAACACUACAGAGAAAUGACAAGGCUGCUAGGUCUAGCGUCUCCUAGGAAUUGUCAGAAAGCAAGAGAUCUAGCUCAAGGCUAUAGAGAAGCAACUGCUAAUGCUGGGGUUAUGGAACCACCCCGAGACACUGGAAGACCUUUGUUAAGUUUACAAGAAGUGGAAUCGCGAUUGGUCUUUGCUAGAUGCAAACCUUUUACCCUUGCAAUGCCUGGCAGACAAUGGCUCUUCGGUGGAGCACUGGCAAAGGUUGAAGGAAGACGUCUCCAACCAACGUGGGCUCUUUUAUUAACAGAUCUCUUGGUAUUUGCUCGGGUGUCUCGUGAUCGAGUUCUCUUUGUUACUGAAGAACCACUUCGAUUAUCAAACAUCGCAGAAGCAUGUUUCACCGUACGAAAACGGCCUACUGAAUUCCGUCUCCAAGUAUCAAUCAAUCAAAAUGGUACUUAUCAGAACGGACAUGUAGACGUGACCCAAAGUGGUGGAUGUAGUCCUCACAGUCGACCACGAAGACGUGUGCUAGUGUUACGUGCCCCUAAUCCUGAACUAAAAGCUGUAUGGCAUAAUCUCCUGCAACGUCAGAUCAUCUAUGUGAAUACAGGAUUCACGGAUACGUCGACCUUACCCAGUCCCGAAGAGAGUCCUUACGUUGGUAGUCAUUAUACAACUGCUUGUGAUUCAUCAGCUAGUCCUCAGAUCACUAUUUCAAGAAACUCUCAUGAGCUCGAAGAUAAACUCCAAGAGACAAGUUUGGAAUCAAUAGCCAAGAAAAGUAGCAGCUCGAAUCAAGAAAAUCAUUUAGCACAAUGGGUCCGAAAUUCUCAUCAAAUACCACCACCUGAUCAUGAAAUAUCUCUGGAAGAAUGGACAGCAGAAGAAUUAGCUGCUCGUGCUCCAAAAGAGUCUUCAACGUCUUCAACGAAUGUUCAAGUUCAUGAGCAGGGAAUUGAAGAAAAUACUGUACCAAGUUCUGAUCCUGAUCAACACAGCACGACAUCGAGUGCCAGCUUGUCAACCGUUAAAUCUAGUAAUGUUACCUUGAAGAAAAAUGGAAAGGAAACACCUACUUCUUCGCUCAACAUGUGCCGAAGAUCUGGGUGUCCUACUCCACCUCUUCCACGAGACCCCUUCUCUCCUCUCCCACCAAAAAUAUCAGUACUUCCGCCAACACCAGACUUUUGCCCAAGUCACAGAUUAAAGAAUGGAAUUCAUGACAGUCCAAGUAGAAGCAGUACUAAUUGUACUCCUGCUGAUGGAAAUACUGAAGAUGGUAGUGAAGAUGACUUAGACUGUGAUGGUGAACCUCCUUACCGAGCACUACGAAGAUUCGGAACGAUGAGUAGUUUAGAUCAAGAUGAUGAAUUAGAUGAACAAGAAGACGAUAAUCAAUGUCCAGAAUCACCACCGUCAGGUUUAAGAUCGUGGACAACACGAGCUAGUAAUUUUGUCGUUAGUAAGAUGGUCCUUUUAGAGCAAUUAAGCGAAGGAGUAGGUAGUUAUUUACUUCAACCACCUGUACCACCAGAAAGAACUGAGUUCUCUUUAGAUCCUAAUGACGAAGAAGGUACAACAUCAGGAGGAACAUCUGGAGAUGACAUCUGGGGUACACCAACUUCCGGAGGACCUGAUGAUGACAGUUUUACAGCAAGUCCACCGUCAAUCAAUGGAAACAUCACUGGAGAGGACAAUUAUGGACUGACAUUGAAUGCUGAUGAUGACCCUGAUGAGAGUGGUGAUUCUGAAGAUUGUAAUGUAACAGAAAUCAAUAUGGAUCAGUUACUUGGUAACAGUAAUUUUUCAUCACUUCGUUGCUUCCUGAACCGAAGAAGAUUAGAACCACUACCGGAAGAGGAAGAUUUAUCAGCAAGUGGGAAGGACCAAGUUGGAUGGUGGUGACAGAGGUUGUAUUCUAUAAGCUCCAAGAUUGAAGAUGAGGAAAAAAAUAAAGAACGUGAUGAAAUAUUCGCUAAACUGAGUCAAGAAGAUGAAGAAUUUCGAAAAAAAAUUCUGGACCUUCAUCGUAAGCUUUCAGAUGUUGAUGAAGAUUCCGUCCAAGUUAAGACAUCGGAGAAGAAACCUGAAAAACGAGUUACUCUGGUCGAAGCAACUCCACCUAAAUCAUCAGAAGGUGGAAAAAUUCUCAAACCUGCCCUCAAGCCAUUUUCUAAAAUUAGUUCACUUGAUAGACCGGAAACUAGUCAGAAAGUAAUUGACAAGAGAAAAUUGAAAAAAAUGGACUUAGAGUUUGAAAGAAGAAAACACUUGGAACAAUUGAAAAAACGAUCAGAUAAAAUGAGUCAAGCUUUAGAGGAAGAAAAAGAUGAUAGUACGUCUGUUAGACCUCAAGAAACAAAUUUCCUUCAUCGUUUAAGGAUUCGAAGACGUAGCAUUAAAUUACUCAGUUUCUUAAGUGGAAAAAUGUCUGAUAAAGCUCAAGAAGAACGGGCUGCUAGAUUACUUAAAAUCUACAUGCCUGAAAAAAAUACUAAAGGACAAAAUACUAUUUCUAUUCAUCAUACUUCGAAAGAUGGAAAAUUUUGGAAAGUUCGAAACCGAAGACGAUCAAAUUCUCCUUAAAUAAAACCGAUUAUUUUAUUUCGGAUUAUCAAAUAAAUUGUUCAAUUAUAAAAAUAAAAUUAAGAAGUGAAGAAUAAAAUCUAGAGAGUACUGUCAAUAUAUUUACGUCCAGGGAUAGAAGUAUAUGAACUAUGUCUUUCAAUUAAUUGUCUAGGAUUUUCUGAAUGAGAAGACAUGAAUGAAUUGUUUUUAUUUUAAAAAAAAUUCCAAGUAUUGAUAGAUAACUCGAGAAUUUGAAGAAUAAAGAGGACUUUUUUAGAGCUUAAAUGCAAAUAAAUUAGCAUUAUCAAAAGUAUGAAUAAAAAAAAAUGUAAUUAAUUAAAAUUCGAUAUGUUUAUUUCACUAAUGUGAAAUUAUAAACGCCUUGUAAUUAAAGAUAUUAGGUUUGUUAUAUUGAAAUUAAAAAUUGUGCAAACGGCCUAGUGAUUGUAAUUAAAAAAUUUUUCAAUCAUUCUCGAGUAACUUAAAAAUGUAACUGGCCUAGAUAAUCGGCUAUACUUAAUACUAUGUUAUUUAAAUGAAUUAAUAAACUAAUGAUUAAUUAAUAAUACAUUAUUCAAUAUAAUAAAUUAUUAAUUAACGUUUGUACUGAGUACUUGGUAUCGUUCUUAAGAGUUAUUGGGAGCUCAUUAUGAAAUAAUUAAAUGAUCAGAGUUGCUUUUGAAAUAAUGAACAUGUAACUAUAAUGAUCUAAUCUAAUUAUAUUUAGGUCCGCACGACUGACCCAACGCGGCACUUAUUAUCUUCCAUUUAAACAUUAGGAAAAUUUUGAAACUUAAGGUAACUAAAUAAAUUUAGAACUAUAAAAACAAUCUAAUACAUAAAACAAGUAAUUAAGAAAAUUAGAAAAACAUUACUCUUUUAUUGCAGAUCAGUUUAAUGUUACUGUUGGUAGAUUGUAAAAUCUUGUUUGACAGAGGCUAAGUUUAAAGGCGAAUAAAUUAUACUAUUUGUUGAAUA